AUCUGGGGAAGAGCCGUGUCCUGGAACAUUUGGGUUUCAGCAGCAACAGUCUCCAGCUAAGUUCUGCAUUCAGGAGACACAGAACUAGGAGCAAACGGGACACGCUGCUGGCUGCAGAACUUCCACCAUGAGAUUUUCUUUCAACAUCCUUUUUCUUGGGUGUUGGCUGACCAGGCAGUGGCAAAUGUCUAGAGGACAGUCUUAUAGCCAGCCUUCCAUCACAGUGAUUCCCAGCCCUAACAUCACCCUGGGACAGGAUUUCCUCAUCUAUUGUGAGAAUGAACAUUACUAUGAAGCAACUUUUGAGCUCUUCAAGAGUGAGCCUCCAUUUCAUGUGCAAUCUAAGAAAGCUUCAAAGACGACUGAAUUUUACAUUUAUGAUGCCAAAGAAAAAGAUGGAGGAAUUUACCAAUGUAGGUAUUGCUUUCGUGCAGUUUGCUCAGAGGGGAGCAACCGAGUUUACAUCAACAUAAAAGGACAAGUUUAUCCCAAGCCUUCCAUCUCAGUGAGCCCGAGUGAGCUGGUGGCCCCAGGGGAAAACGCCACCAUCUACUGUAAGAGUGAAGGGCACCGAAAAGCAGAAUUCAUUCUACAAAAAGAAACAUCUUUGAAUACUUCUGAAAUCAAGAAGACAGAAUUGGGUGAGAUUCUGUUCUCCAUUGUCAAUGCCAAACCAUCAGAUGGGGGGACCUACCGCUGUACCUAUUGUUUCACGUCUGGCUUCUACCAACCAUGCUCGCACUACAGUGACAGAGUAUAUAUCAACAUUACAGGUUUUACACACAGAUCUACAAUCAUGUGGGUAAGCAUUGCUGCCGGUCUUCUUCUGGUUCUCUUCCUACUGGUACUUGCCUUCAUAUUGUGCAGGAGAAGGAGGAGGGGUUCCACAGGUUCCCCAGCCAAUGAAAGAAUCCAACCAGUGAGCAUACCCCUGGAACUGGAUACUGGAGAAGACCCCGAUGGAGUUUCCUAUGCUGUACUGAACCACAGUUCACUGAAAACCAAACAGGCACCCGAUGCUGACAGAAUCUCCAAGCCCUGUAUUUAUGCAGAAUUGCCCAAAGACAGAGCCAGGCAUGAGCUUCUCUUUCAGCGUCCUCUUUAUUGGUUGGUAUCCCAGAUGAAAGGGUACAGGGACCAAUGGGUGCGCAGCAGCAGGGCAGCAGGAACAGAGACCCAGCUGUGGUUCCUGCAGCUCAGAUAUUGUGCCACUAAUGGAAUCAUCUCCUUUCCAGGACUCUUGCUGACUGGGCAGUGGCAGACCUCUACAGGAACAACUUACCGAAAACCUUCCAUCUUAGUGAGCCCCAGCAACACGGUCAGCCUUGGGGAAAAUAUCCUCUUAGGGUGUAAAAGUGAAUACCCUUCGGAUGCGUCACACUAUCUGCACAAAGUAGGAGAUCCAAGAUUUCAUACUUCAGCAACUAAGAAGGUGGAGAGGGGAAUAGUUGUCUUUACUAUUGCCAAUGCCAGAGAAAGAGAUGGUGGAGUCUACCGGUGUAUAUAUUGCAUGGAAACUCAUUAUGAAUUACGGUGCUCAGAUUUCAGUGACGUCAUAGUUGUCAAGAUAAGAGGACAGCCAUAUCCCAAGCCCUCCAUCACAGCGAGCACAACUGAGAUGGUUGCUGAGGAGGGGAAUAUCACCUGCAAGACAGACAGCAACUUACAAGUGUGUUUUUUUCUAUUUAAUGACGUGGAUUCAAAUAGACACCUGAUAAUGAAGAAAGCGAAGAAUGAGGCUGUAUUUGCCUUUGCCAAAGAAUAUCAAGGGGGUAUCUACAAAUGUAGAUAUUGCACCAUAUCAGACUACUCUGAACUGUGCUCAGAUUUCAGUGACAGCAAACGCAUCAACAAAAGAGAUCCUAGCCUAUCCAAACCCUCCAUCAAAGUGAGACCCAGGGCACAUAAUUCUCCUGACCUAAACAUCACCAUCGAGUGCCAGGGAUCAGAAAAUAGCCUGAAUUUCUCCCUUUACAAAUCCAAUGACCUGAUAGCAUCACAGAUGACAGAACCACAGAGAAACACAACUGAGUUCCAUUUGCUCAAAGUGGGGUUGGACGAUGAAGGAAAUUAUACUUGUCAGUAUCACCGCAGAGGAAAUUCCUUUGCAUGGUCACAGCCAAGUGACCCUGUCAAGCUGCUUGUAAGAGGUAUGUCUGGCCCAACAACAGCGUGGAUAAUCAUAUGGACAAGCAUUGCUGCAGGCCUUGUCCUCCUGCUUCUCCUCCUGCUGCUGUUUGUAUUGUGUGGAAGAAGAAAAAGAGAAGGCUCCACUACCAAUGAAAAACCUCAACCAAUGAACACAGCCCCAGAACUCUAUGGAGAAGUAGACCCUGAUGGAGUCUCCUAUGCUGUACUGAACCACUACUCAAUGAAGACCAAGCGGGCAGCUGCUCCUGACAAAAUCCCAGAAACUUGUGUGUAUGCAACAGUGACCCACAAUAAAACCAGGGAGAGCCAAUAGUCACAGACA